GUCGCCGGGCGUCGCCUCUUAACAACAGGCCGAGGCGGCUUCACGUUUCCCUCUUCGCCUCACAAGGGGGCGUCGAGGCGUUACUAUGGUAGUCACAAAAGGAUGGCGGGGAGGGGCUUGUCCUCUGAUUGGCCCGCGCGCGGACCAAUGAGAGUGCCCAACCUCCGCCGGAAAUCCGCGGCCAAAAGGAUGAGUACCUAGCUCCGAUGGGUGCAAGCUGGGAGGAGGAGCAGCGGCUGGGGCAGGCGAGCCGAUCGCGGUGAGCUGGCGGAAGGCAGGGGGUGCGCGUGGCGAGGUGUUCUUGCGUUACCUGGAGUCGCGGCCCGCCCGCCGUGAAGUCGGUGGAAGGAUGGGCGCGAGGGCGAGGAGUGCGCAUGUGCACUGCCCGGUGCGGCCUUUGCAACGGUGGCUGAGGAGGACCAGAUUUCUCUCCCCCCGCCCGUCCUCCUUCCUCUCCCUCAGGAACGCGUUUGUUCGAGCUGACAGCCCGGCCUGCGCUCGAGGGCGGUGGCGGGCGCGGGAGGUUUCCGCCUUCGAAGCUGAAGGUCUGCUGAGUGGGGAGGGGACGGCGAACGGGGGUGGGGAUGGAGGGGAAAGAAGGUGGGUGCCCAAGAGGUUCUGGGGCUCCCGAGGCAGGUAUGACGGGUCUCACCUGGCAGGGCUGUUGCCUUGGAGGAGGGAGGAGGGAAAUGGUUCCGUGGUGCCUCUCGGUCCACCUGGCCUGGCGCCUGCACUUUGAGCCAGCAGCACCUUGACAAGCCGAAGUCCAGCAGGUAGAGCCUUCCCCCUCCAUCCCUCCCAAAUUGCCAGCGAGGGGAUUGGAAAUUAGGUGUGGCGGGGGACGGACGGACGUUCACCUGCUGAACUUCUGCUAGCUGGAAGGCACAUAUGCAAAGGCGCCCGUGUUAUCCCUUCCUUUCCUGUGCCUUUUGAGCUAGCAGCUUAACAAGCAGAAGUUCAAAGUCUUCCCCCCUCCUUUCCUGGCAAAAGAGUAACUAAAAAAUAAAACUUCACCUGCUGAACUUCUGCUUGACAUGCUGGUGGCUCGCAGGAGCAAAGCCACUUUUCUUUAAAAAGUGGGUGAUGCUCUUUUUCAUCUCUCUCUCUCCCUGUGAGGCGCGGGGGGGGGGGGGGCUUCAUUUGUUGAGGAUUUGGUUGCCAUACUGCUGGUACAAAGGUGCAGGGCCAUUCAGGGUACCAGCCUUGGCUCGUCAUUUUGACAAGUGGCUCAGCAGGUGAAGCUUCCCUGGCUUGAUUAAAAUUAACACAAUGGAAGAAAGGUAAGCAGGUGAGUAAGUGUUUGCUUGUCAAGAUCCUGGCUCACAGUGGCAAGCCUGCCUUUUAAAAGUGGUAUGCUAGAGUAUAAGGUGAAAUUUUUUUGUUAUAUCUCAAUGAGAAAAAAUUAACUUAGAUGCAAUACUUUUUAAUUUUACCUCUUGUUACUAUUUCUCUUAUUAAUAGUAGUAUUUGAACUUCAGUUGGUGAAACCUUCUACAUCUCUUUCCCCACCACCACCCCAAAAGACAGCUUAUAGACAUGAGAGGUUGGCACAAAACAAAAUGUGACAUAUUCAGAGCAAGGGAAAGAAGGUGAGAAGAGGCUAGUCAUUUGAAGCCAAAUGUACCUGAAUGGUGCCUCCUUUGUGGAAUUGGAAAAGAUGUUGGUGAGGAGCACUUGAUGGACCAGUGGAUUUCCUUGCGAGCCAAAAGAGCAGGUAUCCACCAUCUGGGUGAUGGAGGUGGAGGGGUGGGGUUAGAGGUGCAAGAUGAGUUUUGGUCCAAAAGGUGUUGCAUUUCUGGGAAGUUAAAUGGGGUGAGUGACUCAUGAGUAGAAGGGGUCUGAGUAAAGUACAGUAGUGUCUCCCUCUGGGGAUGGAAGCUCUGCUUCUGGCAGCCGGUGAGGCUUAGGUGGAGAAGGAAUUGGAGGUAAAGGGGUUGUGUGUAAACAACAUUGCUGGGGAAUGGUUAUUUCUGGAGGGUGAGGAGAGUCACCUCAUAAGGGAGAAAUGGAGAGUUCAUUUCUGGUUUAGGGGUUAGUAGGGUAAAGGUCUAUGUUGAAUGCUGGGUUGUAAUAUGACUGGGUACAGGAAUGCUCUCCAAAUGAUGGAGAGACAACAUGUUGAAGAAAAGGUAGCUAGGAAGUUAGCUGGGUUAGGGACUUAGGUUGUUGGAUUUAUGCGGCCUAUGUUGGAGAACCUCACUUCUGGUGAGUGAAGAUAGAUGUGAGCUUCAAAUUCUGUGCUGCUUUGUAUCUGCCACCCAUUCUGUGGCUUUUACACAAAGAGCUAUUGUUCCUAAGAGUACUGUGCUAAUUCUCUGUGAAUGCCUCUUGGGAGGUUGUGUUGUUUCCUUGCUGAUCAAGGGUGCACCUGUGUGGGCUUCACAUAAGCACCUGGCUGGCUGCUGUGUUGGAUGAGGUAGACCUCUGGUUUCUUCCAGCCACCCAAUCAGUAAGUAAAUUAAGUCAGUUGAAUAUAUUGGUAACACAGUCUGGGUUGAAAUAAAGAGAUCCCUACCACUAAGCCUGCUCUCAAAGAUGUAUGUGGUUUUUUAACUGUAAGCUUUCUCACCCCACCGUUUUUUUGCUUAUUUUGUUCUCGUUUUCUCCCCUCAGCUCUCUGGGGUUUAUCUGCCUGUGAAAUGGUUGAACUAAAUGUUUAGGCAGCACCAUUUCAUCUGACCUAUUUCGGCUCCUCUCUUCAUCAUUAGGGAGUUCAUCUGCCUUGGUGCAUACCCUUGCAUAUUGCAACCAAAUCAGUUAGGUGGACAAAUAUAGGUGUCCAGAAUCUGACAUAUAAGAAGGGUUGCUAUAGGAGAUUAUUAAGAGGCACUGGGGUGGGGAGGUGUGACAGCAUUUCAAUGGACCUGGCAGACGAGUUUAACCUGUUGCUAUUUCUCAACUAGCCUAUUUUUAUGUUGCAUGCUCAUAAGGUGAGCUCAUGCCUCUUUGAAGAUGGCUUGCGAAGAGUAUAUAUAAACUCAGAGGAAAGGAAAGGAGAGCCAUAGUGGGGGUCAUGAAUAAAACUUGCUAAAAUGUACAAAGAAGUGGAUCAUGAAUACAGGACAGAGAGGGGAAAACACUGGAGAAUCUGCUAUUAAUUUUUUGGGGAUGUAUUAUGAGCCCUGCUCAAGUCCCUCUGAAAUGAAGAGAGACUGUACAACAGCAAAUACUGACUGCAUUGUUCAGAAUCCAAGGUGUUUCAUGGUUGGGUGUGCUUGUUAGUUCCCCUUCCUUCUCCUGUGAAACAUACAGUGCCCUUAGCAAGAGUUUGCCCUUCAGCUGUCUGUUUAAAACAUGUGCACAGUUAAUUUGCUGUAUGGUCCAUGCAGGGAAAGAGUAUUGUUAGUAUAUGCGCUUUUGGGUAACCAUAUUUAUUUGUUCAGGAACUGCUUCACACACACUCGUUUAGCAUUAAAACCUUAAGCUAGUGCCAUGGGAAGCACACAUACGGUGUUCCUUUAGUUGUAGUUCAUAUAUGGCAUGGGUAGCUAUAUGAAUUAUAGCUGUAUUGGUGUGUGUGUGUGCGUGCGCAUGCAGAUCUAUGAUAACAGGUUGGAUAAUUAAUAGACCUAAGGAGGAGGAUACAGCUGGAUAUUCAUUUGGUAUUGUUUUAAUCACCCAGUGGCAGAAACAAAACAAUUUCUGCCUCUUGAGGGGAUAGUAGUGGUUUAAACGCUGUAUAGAAAUUUCAAAACAGAUUGUUUUGUGAAAUUCUUGGUAAGUACUGGUUGUGAGAAUUCCCCGCCCCCCAUUUUUUUUAUUCUAAAUCUGCUCCAUCCUUGAACCUAACUGGGUUCUUGUAACUGAGGCUUAAGAACAUAAAAGGGUGAGUUAAGGGCUGCAAUCUAUAAGAGGACACUUGAAAUAAAAGUGGAAGUUGUUGAGUGCUAGUGUUCAAGAGCUUGUCAACCUCCUUUGACUAUAUUACUGAGUUUAACUUGUUGCAUAUUAUAGAACAUGAGACAGUAGCUUGAGAGCAGCAUAUAUAUCUGGAGCUUGUUGAGAUUCCCUUGGAAGUAUUGUAUACUUUAUUCCAGGAUUGAGAAAAAGCAGUGGAUGCUAAAGUCAGGUUACUGUACAGACUUUUCUGUUUUAUAACAGAUCUAGCAGAGGAUUGCCAACUCUGAGCUCAAAAUCAUUUUCUAAGCUGUGUUCCUUCUUUUUGCAGAAAUGCGAAAUUAGCUAUACUCUUGGCUAACUUGUGUUAACUGGGAAUGGUGCUGACUGGGACUGAUGGUAGUUAAGAAGAGCUUGCUGGAUCAGGUCAACAGCCCAUUCUGUUCUCACAGUGGCCAACCUGAUGCCUAUGGGCAACCUGCAAGCAGGACCUGAGUGGAACAGCUCUCUGCCCACCUGUGAUUCCCAGCAACUGAUAUUCAGAGGCAUACUGUCUCUGACAGAGAAGGUUGAGCAAAGCUAUCAUGGCUAGUAGCCAUUGAUAGCCUUAUCCUCUAUAAAUUUGCCAAAUCCUCUUUUAAAACCAUCCAAGUUGGUGGCCGCCAUUGCCUCCUGUGGGAAUGAGUUCCACAGUUAGUACUUCUUCACACCAUGCAUAGUUUAUUUUAUCUGGCCUGAACAUUCAGUUUCACUUGAUGGCCAUGAGUUCUAAUGCUUUAAGAAAGGGAGAAGUAGUUAAGGUCAUCUUGUAAACCACAGAGCUUUUGUGGUGGAAUAAAGCCACAUAAAACAGGAUGUAGUGAUGGAAACCUAUUGAAACAAUCUAUUGUCCCUUUGGGGAGGGAGAUAUUAUUUAGCCAAUUAGCUUACUAGGUUUAGCAUCAAAAUGAUAAGAUUGGGUGUACUAAUGAGAGUACAAAAUGUAAAAGCACAUGGAGAUCUGGUCUCUCAGCCAUUUCGGAAGCAUCCAGGGUAUGGGAGUGGUCAUCAUUUCUACUCUUCUUAAGAUCCUGUAGUGUUGAAUGCUCUUGCAUGACAAGGUGUGUAAGAAAUUUGUUUAUAUGAUCUCACCUCUGUUUUCCCUGCCCUUGUUAAAUGCAGAUUGGAUGGCUUUAACAUGCUUUUUGUGGGGCUGCCUUUCAAGUUUGGAAACUUCAGCUAGUACCAAAUAUGACUGCCUAGUUUUUGGUGGGUGACAGGUGGCCAGAACAUGUGACACUGAUUUUUGUAUCUGUUGCACUCGUUGCCAGUGUAUUUCUGGGCCCAGUCCAAAGUCCUGGUUAUGACCUUUAAAGCCCUCCAUCAGCUGAGGCUGAGUUUCUUGAAGGACUGCCUAAACCCCUGCACUGCUGCUCAUAUGUUGAGAUAUACAUUCAGUGUCUGCUAGUGAAGGCAAACAGGCUGGCAGAAACUCUGAACUGGACCUUUUCAAUGGUGGUCCUAAACUUAUGGAAUUCAAUUCCUGAAGAGGCUAGAGACCGCAUCCUGUGUAACUUUCCAAGCUUUAAACAUGGUAUCAGAGAAUACCUGCUUAUUGGAAUGUGGAUAAUUUUAUUGUGGUCCUUUUACUCACAAUGAUUCUGUUGUUAAUGUUUGGUUGUGCAUUUUGAGUAGCUGUUUAUGGUUUGGAUGUAUAUUUUAAACCUGAUGCAAGCUGCUUUUGUAGAAGAUUUCCUUUAAAAAGUGGGCUAUAAAACAAAAAAAGAUUUUGUUGAGAAGUGAUCAAAUUGGUUCUUCUGCAUUUGCAUACAAAAACCUUCUGUAAUGUAUCUGGUAGAGGCAUACUGUAUUCAGUUUAGAGAUCAGCUAUUAGCUCAUCAAAUCAAAAUUAUAUUGGAGUUUUCAUUAGAGAUGUAUGAACUGUUGUGGUAAGAAUAUAGUUUUUUCCAUAGAAAAGGCUUCAUGGGAUACAAACGCAUUAGCAUAUCAGCUGGGAUAUAUUUUAAGAAGGGGGUAUCUGAAAUUGCCAUUGUUGUUUGGUGACUGUCUUGAAAGCAUGACAUUAAUGGUUGAUCAACACAAAACUUUAGUUCAGCAUGGGGUGUGUAUCAACAACAAUAAGUACAGUGGGCCAACUUGCUCAAACAACAUAAAGAAUACUCAGUUCCAACAAGAUUGGCUCAUGUAUGUGAGGCCUCAUCCGCUCUGUGAGCUCUGUGACCCAGGAAAUGUUAACUCCAAGUGCUGAUGUAAUAGGUUUAUCUUCUAAGUAUACUUCUUAAUUAAAGAUACAGAAGAUUACUAGAAGAGUAGCAUACAACAAUGGCAGGACAUGCUAUAUUCAGAUGCUGAAAUCUCAUUUUCCUAAUGCUAACUAUUUAGGAAGUUAGAAGAGUGGUAACAUCUACACCAUUCUUACUUUCUAAUGAGUGCAAUGAAUUUGUCCUAAAACCCUUCAAGUAACCAUGGGUCUAUUAGAUGGGACUAGAAAGAGAUGUACAAUAAGGUGACACUUGUGUCUUUUACUGUUCCUUUGAAGCCUGAGUUGCAGUGAGUCAUAGUAUACUGUAGUAGAUUACUUUGAUAAUCUAUUAAGGGAGAAGUUUCAUGCAAUGAUACAUGAGUUGUUCCCACUGACAAUAAAAAUGCUACUUGGCCUCUACUGCUUGUUUUCCUGAGGGUGCGACUACAUGUUGCAGUUAAAACACGAGGUUCCUGAGUCCACACCAUAAUGCGAUGUGGGGCAUUUGUGAGAGGGGGUGGUCUUUAACUCUUCCCCACCUGCUAUAUCUGAUCUGCCAGUGUUGCUUUUCGAGACUGCUGCACAUCAUUUGACUCCCUCUCUCCCUCCUUCCAUGUUCUUAAACCAGAAAUAAGUAGGGGGGGGCAGGCUGCACCCCCUGUUCCUGAGGCUUCUGAUCUUCCCUUUCAAGUGCUCCACUCCUGCAUUUUUGUCAUCUUGCCAAACAAUGGUUUGGAAAUAUGUGUUUCCUAAGGUAACGCCCUGUGCUGCCUUGUGGAAGCCCAGCUGAGUGCAAUAAAUACAUACUUCAUAUAUCUGAGAAUCGAACUAUGUGGGUGACCCUGAGCAAAAUUGUAUAACUUGAAUGCUGAAAUUGCACACAUAACAACACCAACACCAACAACUAAAACAACUAGAAGUUCCUUUCUCUGCCAGAGCUUUGCUGAUGGUUUGACUCAUGAUAGCAGCUAAAAAGCCCUUGGUUAUACGGGUUUUAUCUGGAUAGCUUGGGAAGGGCCGUGGCAUACUUGGUGCUGUCUGUGAAAACAAAGGUGAGGUUACCUGAUUAGGUCCUACUCGUUUUUAACAAAAUAUUCUCGAGUGCUUCACAAAGAUAGAUAUCGUGCUAGUCCUCUCGCUCAGCUCCAGUAAAAUAUCACAGGUAAAACAACCUGUUCAGUGGCCAUGAAACCGUGCUGCAAUCUUGAAAGAGAAUUGGGAGGGUAUGUAGAGACUAUUGACAAGUGGUUUAGGUUGUAUAACAUGUUUGGGGUGUCUCUUAAUAUUUGGGUGGAAUCACAAUAUGACCAACAGGACACUGAUUUGGUAACUUCACUUUUUUGUUUCUAGGGCAGAAGCUAAUCCCAGAAAGCUGGCUAUCUGGGUGGCAUAGCAGAUUUACCACCCUCUACUCGGAAUACACGUUAUGAACCCUUUCUGGAGCAUGUCUACAAGUUCUACACGCAAGGUGGGGUGUGGCUGACUGCAAGGCAGGCCAUUUUGAGUUGAUGAAAUGUGUACUAUAUGACGCUCUCCCCUCCCCCUUGGGUUUUAUUAUAUUCUGAAAGAGUAUCCAAAGGAUCUUUAAAUAAUAUAUGCUAAUCGGAAACCUGAUGUGGAUUAAAAAUUACCAUCAUGGGAUCCACUAGAAAGGAAACUUGAAUGCAAGAAAGCUCAGCUUAAUGUUUCAGUUGAACUAUAAUCACAGGCCUUCUCAGGGUGACCUUUCUGAUUACAUUUUCUCCAAAAGUGGGGAUUGCUCACAAGAGAUUUUGGAUAGUAGUUUAAACAGAUCAUCUGGUGAGGCAAAUAUAUAUGUGGACCAUUUUAAAAGCAUACUUGGGUGUGUUUCUUAACUUGUGGCCAGAUCUCAGCCAGUUCCAAAGUUGACAGUAGCCAAUUUUAUAUAAUUGCCAAAUUCAACUAAGCAAUUGGAUAUAUCAUAACUGUUUGGACUGGCAGGAUAUGUUUUAAGUCCUCUGUUCAGUACCCAAACUGGAGUGUUAGUGAAUAUGAAUUGGAGUGCUGACCAUUGGAUACAACUGGAACAAUUACCCCCCCCCCCCAUGUUUUACAUUUUCUAACAGAGAUCUGAAACAGAAGAAAAGGCUCUGGUUGGCGAGCUGAAGAACAGUCCUCCACGCACCACUCAAAAAAAGCAGCUGCCUUCGAUUCCCAAAAAUGCUGUGCCAAUGACCAAGCCUGCUUCACCCGCCCUUUCAGCGCAGUCUACAAAUGGGACACAUGCCUCCUAUGGACCUUUCUACCUAGAAUACUCUCUCCUGGCAGAAUUGUACGUUUUUGUGUGUGUUUUCGGUUCAGAAAUUCCUUAUCAAUGCUUAUUUUUCAUUAUAAUAGUCUGUUGAGGCCAAAAAGCAAUGUUUAAAAUAAACAAUGUGUUAGCUGGUUUUGCAUGCUGCAUUCACUUUGGUGGCAAGUGAAGUGAGGCAGUUUCCUGAGGGUUGAUCUUCUGUGCAGGAGCUGAAGAGGGAUUCUUUGAGCAGCUGGAAUUAUGUGACAUUUGUUUUCAAAUGCUCCUUGAAAGUGUGGAGAGCUGCAAUUGGCCAAUUGUUAAUAUGUAGUAUCUUUUGAGGCUAGUUAUUUAUAGACUCAAUAUACCACACAGUAAACAAAGUAUCUAGGUGGUGAAAGUAGCACAUUCAUAAAGCAGUGUAAACAUACUUAGUAUCGGUAGUGAUACACAAUAGCCAAAGGUUGAGCUAUAGGUCAGAAAAAGCCUGUGUAAACAGAAGGAGCACCUGAAGCAAAGUAACCAAAUCAUCAUCAUCAAACCUUUUAUUGGCAUCACAUAAAACAUCCAAAACAAAUCAAUACAGAAUUACCACUUCCCCAGUGGCACAAAACAUUUGCUAAAAGAAAGUAGGCAGAGCAGUCUAUCGUCACAAAGUAACCAAAUGUGCUGGCUUAAUAGAAUGCAAAUUCCCUUCCAUUCUUCAAGGUUUGGGGAACCGUUUGUCCUGCUGCCUUUAUUAGAGCAAGUUGCUUUAAAAAAGUCAUUAGGUCCAUUCCAGUCUUUUUCACACUGCAUUGUGCCCAAGGGAUAUGGAGUGGGACUAGGCAAAUGAAGGGGUAACACCACAUAGGAUUUACCUGGGUGAUUCUCAUUCAGUUCUAUGGGACUAAGUCAACAGGCCACAAAGUAGGGCACAGUUCAAGGAGUGCAAAACUUGCCCCUGGCAGUAGGGGCCCAGGCACUCACUACAGGGGCCUCUCAGUGGAGAACAAUACGUUGCUAUGUGCAAAGCACUCACAUAGACUUAUUAUUUCACCAAAGUCUCCUUUUAUGUGGCCCAGCUGCACAUCAUAACUGGUAGUUCAUUAGCAAAAUUGUUGAAAAAGAGAUGGAGUUAAUAGCAGUGUAUUUCAAUACAUGAGAGGGACAGCACUAUAUGAAUAAGAGUGGAUCUGUGCGAUUCUCUCUUCCACUGUGUGUGAACUCUUGUUAUCCUGUAGUAGCUUUUGCUCUUGUAAAGAUGUCUGUUGUAAGCUGGGACAUAGCAAAAGGGCAAGUUGGAUUAAGGCUGCCUUCUGCCUUGCUGGCUUACAGCUGAAUGUGUGGAGCCCUUUCAUAAAUUGUACAGCUCCCAUGUGGAUCUCCUUUGCAAAAAUUGCCAAGUCUAGUGGCUAUAGUUGUGAGCCUGCCUUUAGAAGGGGAGACAAGCCAGCUUAGUAAACGAGAGUACUUUCCUCAUGCGGCUGUAGAACCUGAACCAGGAACAGAAAAUGAGUGUUAUAAGCUUGCAGAGUUUAAAUCAUUUUCUGUGAUUCAGGCUUUGCUGGGGGCACAGCUGGUGACGGGGCUCAUUAUUGUUCUGUGGGCAGGCUUUGUUCAAGUAAACAGGCUUGCAUGCUUCAGCUACUGAAAAGCUUGUUGAUGAAAGCUUAUUUGAGACACACUUGGCAAAAUGCCGCCAUGGCCAUCGCUUUACUGUCAUAGGAUGGCUGGGUAAAAUUCCAUUCAUUAAUGCUGUGGUGUUGGGAACACAACUCUCUUGUUUUCGCAGUUGUCUUUCAGCAGAAGUGAAGGCUUGGAUCUCUUCCCUUAGGAUUGUAAUCUGGUCAUGUUAUGUAAUGUAUACCAGAAACUGUGGGGGAAAAUGAUCAAAAGUCAUCCUCCAAACAUGUGUGAACUUUGUCUGUAGCAGCCAAGGAGAGCACAAAGGGACAAGCUUCUGUUUUACUUAUCUGAUGCAUUCAUUGUCGCUGUUCCUAUAACUUCAUUCAGUGUGCUGCAGGCAGGACUAGAAAGCAGUUUUAUGUAUCUACCCUUUACCUGACGGUCACAGGGUAGAGACAUACAUAGUCUAAACCAAAAUCAAAUAAGAUUGAAACAAAUGCACUUUGUUUACAAAUAAAAUCUGCAGGGACAGAAAUUAAAUUGUCCAAUAUACCCCUCACCAAAUGCAUCAGUUACAUCAAAAGCCUCAUCCACUAGGAAGCUUCUUUGUGUAUCUGAGUGAUGGAAAGAGAGAUUGACUUUAGCCUUAUGGAGUAUGCUUGCUUUGUUGCAUUUAUACGCCGCCUUCAUUCUAUCAUAGAACUCCAUGUGGCAUAUAUGGAGAUUCCCAGUCUCCCUUUCAGAUGCUGACCAGAUUCAGACCUUCUUAGCUUCAUCAAGGUUGCUGUAUUGCCUGCCUUCAGAAACCAUAGCCCUGCCCCCUUCCCACACUUGCAUUUAUGGUUUGUUCUCAUUGCUGGCUUCUGUCUUGAUGCCUGCUUCCAUUUCUGUACCUGUCUUUUACUCUGUCCAAGUGAGUCCCUGAAGCCAAUAAAAUAGCUGGCUGACUGUUUUGGUUUAUUACAAGCUUGCAAAGGCCUGUCUGAUAUUUAAAGUGCAUUUCUGUUGCUCUUGCAAGUGGGUUGAGUGUGGCUGGCAUUGAUUCGGCUUCUCUGAUGUCAGAAAUAACCUUCUUGCAAAGCCUUGACUUGUACUGCCUGCUGGUUCAGGGCAAUGGGGAAACAUCCAGUCCUGAGAUUCACAGGCAACUCCUCUAGAUAAAUUGGAGUGCACUUUGGCUGUGCACAUGUGGAAGGGGAGAGGCUUUCAAGUCAGUGUCUUCCUGUUGCAGGUAGGCUGGCUGGCUUCUGAACGUUUUUGGUGGUGAGGAAGAAACAUCCUUAGCUGUUUAAGUAAAAAGAUCAUGGGAAAAUUCACUGUGUACUCUAAUUGAGAGGCUUUGAGUAGGGGUUUGUGUAUGCCACUUUAAACCUAACUAGAUGGAUUAUGUUUCUUUACAGCACGUUGGUUGUGAAGCAGAAGCUGCCAGGUGUCUAUGUGCAACCUUCUUACCAAUCAGCAUUAAGUAAGUAUAUAUCUCGGGUUUUCUUCCUAUAGCAAAGCUAUUUAUUUUUUACAUCUCAUCAUCUUUCUUUUUUUCUUUUGCAGUGUGGUUUGGAGUAAUAUUCAUAAGGCACGGGUUGUACCAGGAUGGUGUGUUUAAAUUUACAGUCUACAUCCCUGACAACUACCCAGAUGGUGACUGCCCAGUAAGUAUCAGUAGGCUGAAACGUUCAUCAUUUGUGGACUUACUUAGAUGGCUGUGGGGCAUGUGAUGUUUCUCUUCCAGUACAGGACUUUGCUCAGCAAGCUAGACCAUGGCGGAACAGGCAAUUCUGGUUUGCAUAAUAAAUACUUUGCAUUUAUAGAGCUCUUUUAAAACAUUCAGGAGUGCUUCAAAUAUAUUAUUAUUAUUGCAGCCUUUAAGGUAGAUCAGUAUAUCUCCAUAUUGCUGGUGACAGCUAUUAUUAUUUAAGGGUUUGGGUUUUUUUUACUCUGCAUUCACCAUAAGGUCUUAGGGAAGGUUACAACAAUUUUAAAAUCAGUAUUAAAAUCUUUUAAGGAGAAUGGGGUGGCUGAUAAAAUACAUAUGCAGGGCGAGUCUUUUAAAAGAGGCCCUGUGGAACAUGUGUACUCUGUAUCCAUGAGGCCUCUUUUAAAGGACUCACCCUGUAAUAGUUUGCCUAAGGGCACCUAGUGCAUUUGUGGCAGGAGAGAUUUGAACCAUUCUCUUAGCUAUUCAUAUGACGCCAACUCUAAAGCUUCCAUUUAUUGUCAGCAGAGGGCAAUUUCUUUCUUCUCUGGUUGUACCAAGUCUCUGUUCCUAGCAAGUGAGAUUGUUUCAGAUUCAGCUAUGAGAUUUAGUUAUCUGUAGAAACAUCUGCCUGCCAUAGCUUUGUUCUCUUAGUUAAAUGAUCUGGCCACAUCUGCUGUGCACAGUUAUGUUUUUAUUGCUUUCGGAGAUCUGCUUUUAAAAUCAGACUUCUUGGAUUAAACAGCGGAACGUUCUUGUUUACCAACUUCAGUUACCUCUGUUGGCUCUGGCAGAUCUCAAAAGGCAAGAGAGUCAGCCAAGCGUGGAUGUUUUUAUGGCAAUGGGCAGAGCAGCUUUUGGCAGAACACAGUGGUAGAGGCUACUUUAAGCUUUAAAGAGAAAUUAACAGUGCUUAAAUUUAAAAGGCAUUUAAAUAUUUAACAUGGUAUCUACUAGGAGUGUGCAUGGUCAACAAAGUUUGUCUCUUAACUGUGUCACUGCAUUAAAAAAAUAUUGCGGUCUGUUUGAGUUGCUCUGUGCUCCUCCGCUUGAUUCUGUUAUUAAGUGUUCUGAAAGAUGAUGAUGAUGAUGAUGAUGAAUUAAGUGUUCUGGGCUUCACUAAAUAAAAAGAAGCCUGAUUCUCUGUUACUUGCUCCCCGCACCCCUCCACUAAGCCAAUCCACAUCCCUAUGAUCCACCAGCAGCACAUUUUAGCCAAUUGUAAACGCUUUUAGAUUAGGUAAGUGACCCCUUAGCCAAAUGGUAUCCACAAGAAAUUAAAAUAAAAAGUUUUUUGACCAACUACCAUGCAUGCCCCCCCCAUUCCUAAUUGUAUUGCCUCUUUCUAUGGAUAUAAUUGUAAGAUGCAUUGAGAACAAAUUGUAGCUGAAAAGUGAUGUACAAACUAGAUUUAGUUCUGGUUUCCCAGGAAAUGCAAUGCAAUAGUCAUUUAUUUUAGUCCUUUAUAUCCCACCUUUCAGGAUACAAAUCCUCUUGUGAUACCUUAACACAAAACAUUAAACUAGUUUAGUAAAGCAUUACAGGCUCAUUCACAUAGGACAGAUGAUUGAUCGCUUUGUCAGGGGACUGGGGAGGUGGAGAGAAGGUGCAGCUGAGGCAGGCUCUUUACCUACCUGGAAUUCAGUGUGCUCAUGGAGAAUUGUGCCUUUUGAGGGCUUGCAUUCUCUGAAGGUACAUCUCUGCUCCCUGCUCACCCAUGUCGUUUAGUUCAUUAAUACAGUGCCAGCCCAGAGCUGUCUUUUCUCUAGCUACCUACCACAUUUGCUGAAGCCAUCAAAAGCAGCAACACUAAGUGCAUUUCAGAGGCUAAUUCUAAGAACAUGCUGUUCAAAACCAGUUGUGGAACCACUGCAGAAUUUAGUUAUAUGUAGAAAUAUCUCCUGCAUUGUGCUUGGAUACAGCUCCACUCAACAUUUCCCCUGCUAUGUAUAUGAAGCUUUUUUUCCUUUUUAAUAAUAAUAAUUUUAUUAUUCAUACCCCUCCCAUUUGGCUGGAUUUCCCCAGCCACUCUGGGUGGCUCACAGUAUAUAUAAGAAAAUACGAAAAUAUCAAACAUUAAAAACUUCCCAGUACAGGGCUGCUUUCAGAUGUCUUCUAAGUCAGAUACGGUGGUACCUUGGGUUACAAACACUCGGGUUACAUACACUUCGGGUUACAGACUCCGCUAACCCAGAAGUAGUACCUCGGCUUAAGAACUUUACCUCAGGAUGAGCACAGAAAUCGUGUGGCGGCAGCGGGAAGCCCCAUUAGAUAAAGUGGUACCUCAAGUUAAGAACAGUUUCGGGUAAAGAACGUAUCUCUGGAAUAGUAACCCAAGGUACUACUAUAGUUGUUUAUUUCCCUGACAUCUGCAGGGAGGGUGUUCCACAGGGAGGGCGCCACCACCGAGAAAGCCCUCUGUAACCUUGCUUCUUGCAGUGAGAGACGCUCCUUCAGGUAUACUUUUUAAGCUGCCUUAGGAAGGCUUUACUCUGAAAGGUGGCAUAUAAGAAUAGGCACCCUUUCAUGCUGCAUGUUAUCAAAACGUUAUAGAAUAUUGUUCUAGGUUUGUAACUAGUUAGUUGGCUGAGCUACAUAACAAUCUCUCCACUGACCAAAGAGGGAAGCAUUUUUAAUGCAAAAGGUUAGUUCUGCAUGCAAAGGGGUUAAUAGCCCGCCGGCUAAUCUGUAAGGUUGGUUAUCAGCUUGGUUUUAAAGUCUCCUUUGUCUUUCAGCGCUUGGUUUUUGAUCUGCCCAUCUUCCACCCGCUAGUAGAUCCCAUCUCAGGUGAACUGGAUGUGAAAAGAGCAUUUGCCAAGUGGAGGUUAGUGUGAUGUUCUAGAAUGCAAAUAUUGAACAGAAGUUAUGUCUGGGUGCUUCACUAAAGGUGCUGCUGUGGUUUUCUUCUGCUUCUCCUAAAGGCGAAACCAUAAUCACAUAUGGCAAAUACUGAUGUACGCUCGAAGGGUCUUCUACAAGAUUGACACAACCAUUCCUUUGAAUCCUGAGGCUGCUGUGCUGUGAGUUACUAUCAGGAUUGAACUUUCUAGAACUUCUCCAGGUUUUCUCACAAGUACAUGGAUAUUACCAAAUGUCAUGGAUUUUCCUAUAUGCAUCAGUUCCAGAAUUGUUUUUUAGCUGCAAGUUCCUAGAAUUGGCUUCUGACAUUUAGGCACACAUAUGUGAGGGGCCAACCUGGAUAGGAAGAUAGUUUUAGUGUGGUGUGGGUACAUGGCAAUUUAUUCUUCCUCUGCACUUGUGAUGUAAUGUGUCCUGCCCUGUAACUAACAUCAUGCAUUUGGGCAAAGAGCUUUGUGCUUUCCUGAUAGUUGAUAGCUGGGAGGUUGUAGGUAUGUGACCUUUCUCUAUUUUGCAUUGGCUGUGGCAGCUUUUCUCAACCUAGUGCCUGCAGAUAGCUUGGACUACAAAUAAGAGCUGGAGAUUAUAAAUGUUAUAGUUAAAAACAUUUGGAGGACACCAGGUUGGAGAAGGCUUGCUGCAGAACAGGAGGCUCACAGUUUAGCCUAAUUAUGCCAGUUGGGUGGAAAUGGCAUUUUGUCUGGGCCUUUCUCUUGUCUUAGCCUUGGCAUUGUGGCUAGCCCAACUCUUGAUAUUAAAGCUUUCCGAAAAAAUAAGGCACUGUUAUCCUCUGUGGAUAAAGGGAGAUUACAAAUCUCUGUUCUUCAUGCAUUGAUAAGACUGUUCUGAUUUCAUCUAAUGUGUCUCCUUUUUUGUCUUGGUUUCUCUCUUAGAUAUGACAAGGAUAUUCAACUUUUCAAGAGUAAGGUGGUUGACAGUGUGAAAUUAUGCAGCAGUCACUUAUUUGAUCCACCAAAAAUAGAGGAUCCCUAUGCAAUUAGGUAGGAAAUUGUACUACAGUUGUAAUGUGGCAUAUCAGCAUUCUCAGAACAGCAUAAAGUCUUAAGAUCAAAACACCUCUGCAACUAAAGUUUUUAAGAUACUUGUGCAUCAAAAAAAUGAAAGUUAAUGUGCUCCUAUUCACUUCUGCAACACGUAAGCAACAAAUACCUGUUCGUGCCAUGCCUCACUGGGAGAAGCUGUUGCAACUCUGCUGUGGCCCCGGCAGGAUGUCCCCAUCCUCCCUUGGCUUUGGCAUGGCAGGAAAAGGCACUUCCACCUCCUCUUGCUGCGCCAAUUCCCAAGGACUCACCUGUGUAGCCAAUCACAGGCAUUAUGAGGGGGUAGGGCUUGGGAGCAGAGCCAAGAGGGAACUUUUUCCUUCCUACCUACUCCCUGGGCAUAUAAAGCUGACUGUGCCGGAGCCCAGGCAGUAGUCGGCACUGGAUUCCCCUCCCUCCUUUUCAGGGAGUAAGAUUUGCUUUAAUUUUUGGAGGUAUACCCUUCCUGGACUUUGCUAUGGAUUACAUUGGUCAGUGUAUUUGGGGCCAGGGAUGAAUGUUCAUUGCAGAGCAAUUGUAACCGUCUAUGAGUUUUGCCUCCCUCAUAGCAAUUGUCACAACGUCUUUGUGGAAAAGGCAUUUGGUUGGAUCCUUAGUACAUGUGGGCAGAGGGUAGGGAGUCCCCCUGCUCUGCUGUCACAGGUAUCCUCCUAAAGGAGCCUGGGGAGUCAUUUUAUGUCCAGAUAUUCCACUCAGGAUUGGAUGGGCCAUAGUCCAUUGGUGAUAUUGGCAGGUUGCCUGGAUACGAUGCACGUUGCAGGGUUACCCUUAACCUUAGUCAACACCGUUUUACCAUCAACCAGCAGACAGACUGGUUGAUCUUGGGAGACGUACCUAAUGCCUACAUCAAACCGCCCAACAUCUGCAAUCAAUAAAAUUAAGACCUUAUUUUAUUCCAACGUGUUGACCUCUCUUCUGUUGUAUGGCUGCAUGUGCUUUCACCUUGCCACUGGCUCCAGUGCUGCUGGGCCUGCAAUGCAUUCCAGAUUCUUUUGUUGUGCUUGCUUGCAAACUGUGUUCUCUCUUUCCCUUCACCUUUCAGCUGGGAUGACUUCACCGUCACAGCAGCCCAACCUUCAAAUACUGUUUUAAAUUAAUCCUUUUAGCAUAAAUAGAAUACGUUUUGUAGCUGAAGUAAAUUUACCGAGAUUAUCUGUUCAGCAGCAUUCCUCAACCUGGUACCCUCCUAGAUGGUGUUAGACUAAUACUACUACUAUCCCUCCCAGCCAGCAUUGUCAGUGGUCAGGAAGUAUGGGAGUUGUAGUCCAAAAUGUCUAGAGGGCAGCAGGCUGGGAAAGCUACUGUAGAGUGAAUAAUUACUUUGCCAAUUUUGUUGUUCGAAGUGUGUAAGUAAGCACAAAUACUUGUGGUGUCCCAUAGAAAAGUGGCCAUUUUCAUUUGUAUUACUUUCAGACUUAUUGCAUGUCUCUUAAAACAAAUUUCUGUCAUACUAUGGAGACAUUUUAUUUAGAUUUUGGAGACCAGUUACAGGCUUAUGUUCUUAUGUGUUAACAGUUUUUCACCCUGGAAUCCAGCUAUACAUGAUGAAGCUAGAGAGAAGAUGUUGACCCAGAAGGUACGUAAGAGGGAUUGAGCUUGCUCCAAGUAGUUGGAUUUGAAAACAAGACAUAUUGAUUUGCUAUGAAGCACAACUGAUAAAAAGUUCUAUGCAAAUGAAAUGUUUCUAUAAAACCUCAUCUCAGACGUACGUUGGCAGUAUCGUAGUCCUAAAGAGUUAGUUGUGUCUUGUAAAUCAGGUUGUGCUGGCCCUACAAAGUACAUCCUGCACUUGGGAGGGAAGUGGUAAUUGUUUUUAGCUGGCAGGCUGGCAACAUUUUAGACAUGUUUGGGUUUUCCUCCAGGAGGAGCUUAAUCCUCCCACAUACCUCCUUUGCCCAGAAGACUUUUUUCAGGGUGGCUUGGCUCACUGUUGGUGGUUGGCAUUGUUGGGUGACUGCCAAGACCCAUGUUCCUCAAAGAGGCCCCCUGCCAGCUCCUAGAGUCUCCUCGUCCUAUUGGUUCUCUUUGCUGUUGCUGGCUUUUUCACAUGCUCCUUCUGUGUGAGCAAGCGGUUAGGGGAAGAGUGCAGUAACCUCCACAAGCCUUUACUCUUUCUUCUCUCUUGGAUACGGUUGUGAUUUAGAGAGGCAAGUGGCAACAGAAGUGGUGAGGAGGGCGUCUCUAGGAGCAUCUUGCUCAAGAGCCCCGUAACUCCUGGGAUCGGUACUGAGCUGGCUAAUCUCAUAGGGUAAGGUAGAAGUGACUGAAGGAAGAAAUCAACAAGCUUUUUAAAAACAAACAUCUUCCUUAAAGUAGCAAGUUGGCGUGUCAAAGUUUAUUGCGAUAAAGGCAGGGCUUUUUUUCAGCCAGAACCCACCAAGGCUCAGUUCCAGCCCCCCUCAGGUGGGCGCAAUUUCUAGAGAACAAGGGAUGUUUUCAUGGUGAGUUCCGGCACCUCUUUUUCUAGAAAAAUAACACUGGUUAAGGGUACUAUGCUGGGGUUUUUAAAAACCACAUUUUCUGCUACCUUCUGCACCUAGAAGCCCUUCUGCUGGUUAGAAUUCAGAAGUUUAUCUGGACUAAAGUUUCUCUCCAUACUGCCACCACCCCAUCUUCUUAAAUAGGCUCAUCCACCAGUCAAGUUAUUAACAUUCAUGUUUAUCAUUGCUAGGGUUACAUGUAUGUCUUUAGAGUUCUGGAAUUCUCUCUGGGGCUGGGAAGGUCUUAUUUCCCAAAGCCCUCAGCAGAGCUGCUUCCACCCUCAAAGGCUGGACCCUACUCACUUACCCAUUCAGACUGGUGGAUGCACAUAUUAUAAUCAGACCGUGUUCAGGUAAGAGCCCAGACUGCCCUCUUCCUGGCAGUGUUUGAGGUGCAUGUGGAUUUUUUUGAUAUGUGAAAUCUGUAGGGAGUUUGUCACACUUCUACAUUUUUACUUACUUUAUUUAAAAGCAUUUUUCUUGCUCUGAAGCUGAUUGAGGCUCCUCCCAAAGGAGGGUCAAUGAUAGGCCUGGACAAUGUCCAACCCUAUUCAAUGAAAAUAACAUACCAUUAAAACAGGGGUGGGGGGGAAUAACUAUUGAAGCAUUUUGCCACUGCUUCCUCUGUGGCUCACAUGUACUUGAGAGAAGGUGGAGCUCAGUCUCCGCUGUUCCUGUGGCAGCAAAGGAAGUUUGCAGAAUGCUGCUACUUUUAAGUCAAAGCCUUAACAUUUUUCAUCACAUGCUCUUGCAAACAUCUCCCUCCAAGAUGUGUGGUUUGCCUAGGAGGGAAAGGGUCUCUCUUUUUAGAGACUUACCUGCCUGUUGCUUUUUUGUAGGAAGGCACAUCCUGACUCACCUAAGCCAGCCAGGUUGGGCAUAUUCCCAUGACCUGUACAUACUGGCAAAGCUAACAUGCUGGGAAUGGGGAUUCUUGCCGAAUUAUGCCUCCCUCCCUCCCUGCCCCCUUUGAACCAACCCACCCUCAAGAUCUUUUUUAGAAUCAGCAACAUGGUGCAUGAGGAAACAGAAUUGUGCAUGUACAGUUGUGUGCGUGGGGUUUCUUUUCAAGUAUGGCUGAUGUGAAGCAGCCCUUGCAAAACAAUGGCAUUCAUGUUGAAUUGAGAGUACUGAGUUCAUCUUAAUGGCACUCUUUCGUCUUCCUAGAAGAAGGCAGAGGAUCAACAGUGCAAAAGCAUGCAGGUGUCUGGCCUGUCAUGGGUGAAGCCUGGCUCGGUUCAGCCUUUCAGCAAAGAGGAAAAGACACUACCUACUUAGUUCCUGUGAAUGAAGAAGCACUCAACACUUUCUGCAGGAAGAGGGAAUGUAAUGGAGAGCCAAACAGCAAAGCAGUGGCUUUCCUUCUUGACUUGGAUUAGUAAAGAGUUAAAUGGUAGCAAUGACUCAAGUAAAUCUGCUCAAUGGGAUUGCUCAGACUCUUCGUAUUUUACAUAUGUUUUAACUGCAGGUUGGAAGUCGCUCUUAAAAAGGCUGGACUCCAGUUAGUGAAGUCCUCCCUGGUGGGUAACGAAAGCCUCAGGGGUCUAAUAUCUGAGGCUCUUCAUUGGGUUACUUUUAAAAGCUUUUAACAUUUUCCUUCCAGGGGUAGGUUUUUUUAAAAUGUAAAGAGCAGGUGGGAAAAAUACUUUCCAGAGGUAAUCUGUGUUUAUGUAAACUAAUAUAGCAGAGUAAAAUACUAUAUUUAAAACUUUUAAAUGCAUUGGUUUCUAUUGUAAAUACAUUAGGAUAUGGAAUUUGUAAAUAGUUGGUUCUGAUUCCUUCUAGCCCUUUUAGGGGCAGUGAGGCUGAGAUUGGCAUGUAUGAUGUGUAUCUAAUUUUCCUUCCUCCCCCAAAUAGAUAUUGUCACUACAGGCUGCUUAUAACAUAACUGGUUCAACAAUCUUUAGACCUACAACCCAACUAGCAAAUCUCAAAGGAUUUUCAAGAAAAUAUAUGUAUAACCCUUUUCUUCAUGCGAUUUGCAGGCAUCUUAUACCAGUGGCCUUAAGAUGUGUCAAAGUAAUGUUAGAGGCAGCCUUAAUUUGCACAUUAGUCAGGACUGUAGAGCAUUGAGCUUUUUACCACUAGAAGAAAAAUUUGUGCUCUUCAUUGUGCACAUUUGUUGAUUUAAUAAAAUCUGUAAGGAGAGCUAGGUUGGAGACUGACAUGACUAAUGUGUUAAUAGUGGCAUCUUAAAAUAAAAGAUCAAUCAUGGUAAAAUGUGUCUUGUCACUCUUGUUCCUGGGAAACAUUUCAGUUCAUCAACUUCAGAAUUAAACAGAAAGGCCUCCUUAAAAUUUUGGUCUGAUCACUAUGGUUAGUAAACAUAGGUUGUCCCAAGACUCCUGUGCUAUGUGGCAGGCUUGGCUUCUAGCACGACCAAGCAUGCAAAUGUGUUGUAUACUGAGGUUCAUACCUGUUGGGUCCUGCAGGGGUGUAGCCUGAGACAGUAGUUCCUUGGUGACAGAUUACUGGUCUACUUAAAGAAAAAGGUUUUUGCAGCAGUGAUUUUUUAAAUAUAUCCCUAAAGGGCAUAGGCCUAGCAAUAAAUCAAUAUCCUAAGAUAAAUGCUGGCGGAAGUUCUAGAAACUACUAGUGUAUAUGUAUGUGUUAGCUGGUCACCUAACAAAGCAGAAGUAAAACGCUGCAGGCUUAAACAGUUUUGAU